AUUCAUUCAUCAGCCACUACAUUAAGGAGACAACUGCAUCUCUCACCCUGCAGUCGGGCAGACACGCCCAUGGUCAAACUUUGGACCUAAACCCACUUUUAUGUGACUGCUAAACUAGAAACACUUAAAUCCAUGAUGGUGUUGCUCUUUAAUACUCUCAUCCAAAUAGCUGGAUUAUCAACCUUCAUCUUAUCAACUAGCAGAACUUGUUGGUCUGGUUUCAUUUACCAGGAAAAGCAAAACAUAAAAGGAGCUACGACUGUCCUCACACAAACAGCAGCAGCAAACUUACACAGGAUGAAGAUGUUUGGAAGAAUGAUGAGCUGCUGUGUGGCUCUCCUCCUGACCUUCAGCUCUGUGUCAGCUGUAAGACAAGUGCUCAACUCAAUCACUGAUCUGAGGUCAGUAGGCUUUGGCCAGUCUGUGAAUGACCACAGCUUCCGGUUCCUCCGCUGGUUUGCCAGCGCAGUUGACAUCAACAUAAAUGGUGACAUACGUCUGACCUUCAACCCAAAUAGUGGUGAUUAUGGCUCACAUCAUUAUGGAAACUAUGAACAGCUGUUAGAGCGAGUGCCGUGGGGAUAUCAGUACUACAGUCUUGGUAAUAUCCAUCGAGAAGGAUCGUUGCGACUUCCACAUCAUGUCUUCCAAUCAGAGCACGAGUAUGGCAACAGGGCUCGGAUCAUAAUCAGAGUCAGGGAGCAGAAUGUGGGACAGCGAACUCCACAGAUAAUAGACCGAGUCUAUAUCACACAGCAUUAUGAGACAUCUGAACAUCGAGGGACAGAGUAUGAUCCACAACAUACAUAUCAGGUCACUACUAACCUGUUAAGACAGUUGAGAAGUUUUUCCUUGGACCAUGAUAACAUCAACUUACAGUCUCGCAGAGUAGUCCAGGUGAACUAUUCCUCACAUGAAUACAACAGACGUCCGCAUGCUGUGCUCCAUAGCUCACAGAGCCGUCAAAACAAUGCUUUUGUCUUUUCAGAAUCUCAGGACGACAACACUUGUGUUUAUUGUUUCAUCUGUGCUGUUGUGAUUGUUGCUUCACUCGUUUUUGGUCUUCUGUAUCUGUCAUACUCACCUAAAUAGUAAUUCAACUAAACUCAAUGUCAACACUCUAUUAAAUUGAGCUUUUCUGUUUUG